GAAACACCCUGCUUGCCUCCGUAGUAAUCUGGGCUCAAGCCAGCCCAGCGGGCCAGUCCGGCGGAUUCCGUUUACCGUACGAGCUCAUCCGCGCGCCCCCCUUUCUGGCCAGCCAUGCUCUCCAAGGUGCUCGCGUUCGCGGGCCUCGCCACGGCGUCUGCGAACGCCGCCGUGAGUGGAGCGGGGGCUUCAGUCUUCGAGGCGGUCGCCCAGCGGCGCGACGUCGUCAUCGGGGACGGGGAGGACGCCGUGAACGGAGACGUGGACGAGGAGGUCCAGGAUUACUUCGAGCAGUUCCUCGAGGGCGAGUCCGAGGACGGCAAGCCCAAGAAGCGCAGGUCGUCUGCGAGAACGCACGGGUCCAUCUCGAGCUUGACGGCCAACCUGGACGAGGCCAUCCCGCUGCUGGAGUAUGACUUCAAGCAGAAGACGCAGGCGCUCAGGGUCGCGCUCGUCCUCUUCAAGGAGAAGCAGAGGGCCAUGGACGUGGCGAAGAGAGAGGCGACCCUGGCCAUGAAGGAGCUCCGCAGGGAGGCCGAGCAUCGCCGCCUGGCCGCCUCGGAGCGCCGGAACGCCAAGCAGAGGGAGGUGAACGCGCUGAGGGAGCAGAAGCGCACUGCCAAGGAGGCGAUGAUCAAGAAGGCGCAGGCCCUGAUGGGCGCCAAGGGCGAGCAGGCGGAGGGCAUGCUCGGCGAGAUGUCCCUCGGCGUCAUGGUCGACGUGCUCAUGGCCCUGCCGCAGGCCGUGGAGAACCCCAUCUUCGUCAAGCGGCUCAACAGGGCGAAGGACGAGGUCACGCGGUCCGUCCAGGACUUCCUCAACAUCACGCGCCGGAAGACGUCGAAGUUCGUGUUGGCGAGCAGCAAGGCCUCCGACGUGGAACUCUCCUUUCUCAUGGCGCGCUACUUCCACGAGGCCUCCUUUCGGGUCAAGGCGCUGCAGUCGGACGCCCAGAAGGUCGCCAGGGACCUCAACGUCGUGAUGCCCCGGGAGCUCCGUCAGAGCUUCUUGCCCAUCAUCAAGCAGCUGCGAUCGAAUGCGGUCCCGCUGCGCGUGAACGCCAGCGAGCUCGCGAAGGCGACGUUGUCCGAGGCUUGCAGUCAGAUCUCCAGCGUCAUGGCGAACAUCAGCGAUUAUAACAGCAAACUGAGCACGAUGCACACUGGCCUGCACAACCUCUGGCAGAUCUCCGAGCUGAUGCUGCCGCACAUGAGCAAAGUUUACCCUCUGAAGACGGUCGUCAUCGACACCGUCAAGGACUUCAUGUCUAUGGCGACCACGCAGGUUGCGGGUCUUCAGGAGUCCUCGGACGAGAUCGUGACAAACCUCGGCCCCGUCGUCAUGGAGCGUAUGCAGUGCACCUGGUCCUCCGCGCGCGCCCACGGCGCGGGCAUCUUCGCCCUGCUGGCGUCUUUGGCCGGCUUCCUCUUCUACUGAGAGCCCUGAUAGUGGAGCGUGGCCCGAGCCAGACCCUAAGCGUCUCUACUUCCUCAUCUCGAACUGUUGUUCUCUCUCUCUCUCUCUCUCUCUUUAUCUCUCUCCUCGACAGCGGCCUUCCUGUUGUUUGCCAGGGCAGGCGGCGCGUCGCGGUUGUCGCCUCGGGAAUA